AUGGGUCGCGUUCGCACCAAGACCGUCAAGAAGUCCGCCAAGGUCAUCAUUGAGCGGUACUACCCCAGACUCACCCUGGACUUCGAGACCAACAAGCGCAUCUGCGAUGAGAUCGCCAUCAUCGCCUCCAAGCGCCUCCGCAACAAGAUUGCUGGCUACACCACCCACUUGAUGAAGCGUAUCCAGCGUGGUCCCGUCCGCGGUAUCUCCUUCAAGCUUCAGGAGGAGGAGCGUGAGCGCAAGGAUCAGUUCGUCCCCGAGGUCUCCGCCCUCGACUUCACUCAGAACACCGAGAGCGGCCAGCUCGAGGUCGACGUCGAGACCAAGGACCUGCUCAAGCACCUCGGCUUCGAUGCUAUCCCCGUCAACGUCACCCCCGUCGGCCAGACCCAGGUCCAGGAGCGUGGUGGUCGCUUCGGUGGCCGCCCCCCUCGCCGCGACUAA